AUGAUUAUUUUGCAAACUCUUCAAUUUUGUAAAAUCUUUGUCUACAUUUCAACAUUGAUGUAUCAAAGGAAUAUUUUGCUAAUUAAUGCGAAUACGCAGUCUUUUACUUACAUUUCACUACAGACGUAGACUCACCUGCAGACUUCACGGCAAGCAUACCAAGCAGUCUGACUUCAAAUAUACCCAAUGGUAUAUCUGGAAGCAUAACUGCUGGCAUAUCAACGGGCAUACCUGGUGGCAUGACAACGGACAUACCUGCGAGCAUACCAACUUUGAACCUCGGGGCAAAGUUUACAUCACGUGGAACAAUUACGACAAACUCAAGAGGCAAGAAAUCCAUGGUACCCCACAGAAUUGCAGCUGCAACUCGAAGGUUUCGACGAGAUAAAUUAAUACCUUACAUAUACGGGUAAUCCCG